AGUGCCCAAAAAUUGCUGAAAAAUUGUUGCAGGCUGUACAAAACUGAUACACACACACGCACGCACACAGACGUGGUAUAUGCCACCACCCGCUGGCCAAAAAAUGGAAAUUACUAAUACUACAACUGGCACGAUGCUCCAUAUUGCCACUGGAGACAUGUAAAAGUUGCAACUGGGGUUUUUUUUGUGUUAUUUUUUAUAUUCAAGUAACCCACACAAUCAAAAGAAAUGAGGAUUUUUCCAAGUUCAAAUUUAUAAAAUAUUAAGUGUUUAACAACUGCUAUUAAAUAAAUAUAUUAUUCAUAGUGUAUAAGCGAAGAUUGUGAACACCCUCCCGCAUAAACAUUGAACCUUGCCAGAUCGCCGGUUACGUGUUUUUCGCCCGCCAUCUGGCAACGCCUGCCUCCCUCGAUUUUCGCUUUGCACGCGCAUUCGUGAAAAUGGCGGCGUUCUGGCACCGUCGCUGCCAAAUUUUUUGUACAUCAAAAUAAUCAAAAUAAAGCAUUCUUCCAGUGCUCAACAUCAACAAUCAUUUCGUGCGAGCGCGCGCGUGUGUGUGUGUGCGCAGGAAAAACCGCCGAUCGAAAAAGUGUAAAAAGAAAAGCCUUUGAAGGCAAACAAAAGGCAGCGAAUUAGCGAGAUAACACACACCACACGCGACGACGGCAACGGAUGCGCCAGGAGAAAGGCGAGAGUGAGAGUGCGAGUGAGCCAGCGCAGCACUAAGUCAGCGGAGCACCCGCUUUUUUGGCCAAGUUCGCCUCUGGAGUGCACAGCAUGCAACAGAUCGAGUUCCGUGUGAUUCGCCAGCACAGGAUGUGUGACACUAGUUGAUCGGAACGGGAUCACACACAGAAGUCAAGGACACACACACUCGCCAAACAUAAACACCACACAGCACGAUGAACACCAGCCAGACAGCUGCCGGCAACCGCAUCACCUUCACCAGCCAGCCGCUGCCCAAUGGCACCAUCAACAUAGCCGGCAAUCCUGGAGCCGUAAUAUCCACGGCCCAGCUGCCCAACACCACCACCAUCAAGACCAUCCAGGCGGGGAUCGGUGGUCAGCAUCAGGGUCUGCAGCAGGUCCACCAUGUCCAGCAGCAGCAGACGCAACAGCAGCAGCAGACGCAAUCCGCUGGUCAACCGCUGCUGAACUCAAUGUUGCCGGCGGGCGUGGUGGUGGGCAUGCGCCACCAGACGCCGUCGCAGCAGCAGCAGAAGAAUGUGCCCACCAACCCGCUCAGUCGUGUGGUGAUCAACUCCCACAUGGGGGGCGUGAGACCGCAGAGUCCAUCGAUAACUUUAAGCACACUUAAUACGGGUCAGACCCCGGCAUUGCUGGUCAAGACGGAUAACGGAUUCCAGCUGUUGCGCGUGGGCACGACGACGGGUCCGCCGACGGUGACACAGACUAUAACCAACACCAGCAAUAACAGCAACACCACAAGCACCACAAACCAUCCUACAACCACACAGAUCCGUCUGCAAACUGUGCCGGCUGCAGCUGUAAGUAGAUACCAACAACAACAACAACAACAUCAGCAGCAACAACAACAGCAGCAAUCGCAACAGCAGCAAUCGCAACAAACAACCAGCACUACCGCCAGCACUAGCAUUGCACUGCGCAAAACGAUUGUCCGUACUUCAUCCACAGUCCCAUCCAGCAAUAAUAAUAAUAAUAGUAUUAUCAAUGCCACCACCACCACCAACACCACCACCACUACCAACAACAACAACAACAACAAACCCGCUACUAACCAGCAACAGCAGCAGCAACAGAAGCUCCAGCAGCAGCAACAUCUCAAGGCCCAACAGCAACAUAAACAGCAACAGGCAUCCGCUGCGGCUGCCGCAGCAGCAGCAGCCGCCAAUGUGGCAGCCACCAUAAAGAUCAAGCAAAACUCUAUGACCAACACGACCGCCACCAGCAACAUUAUUGUCAAUUCUGUGGCCAGCAGUGGCUAUGCGAACUCAUCGCAGCCGCCGCACCUGACGCAAUUGAAUUCGCAGGCGCCGCACCUACCGCAGAUUACCCAAAUCCAAACGAUACCGGCCCAGCAGUCCCAGCAGCAAGUGAACAACGUGAGCUCCGCGAGUACAGUUUCGACGGCGGUGAGCAGCACGACGGCAGCAACGACGACGCAGCAAGGCAAUACCAAAGAAAAGUGUCGCAAGUUUCUAGCCAAUUUAAUCGAAUUGUCGACACGGGAACCGAAGCCGGUGGAGAAGAAUGUGCGCACCCUCAUCCAGGAGCUGGUCAAUGCGAAUGUGGAGCCGGAGGAGUUUUGUGACCGCCUGGAGCGCUUGCUCAACGCCAGCCCACAGCCGUGUCUGAUUGGAUUCCUCAAGAAGAGUUUGCCGCUGCUCCGGCAAGCGCUCUUCACCAAGGAGCUGGUAAUUGAAGGCAUCAAACCGCCGCCGCAGCAUGUGCUCGGUCUGGCCGGACUCUCUCAACAGCUGCCUAAAAUACAAGCGCAAAUCCGUCCAAUCGGUCCCAGCCAGACAACGACCAUUGGACAAACGCAAGUGCGCAUGAUAACGCCGAAUGCCUUGGGCACGCCGCGACCCACCAUUGGCCAUACGACGAUAUCCAAGCAGCCGCCCAAUAUUCGGCUGCCCACGGCACCGCGUCUCAUUAACACGGGAGGAAUUCGCACCCAGAUAUCCUCGUUACAGGUGCCAGGACAGGCGAAUAUUGUGCAAAUUCGUGGACCGCAUAAUGCGCACCUGCAGCGCCCGGGAUCGGUGCAGAUCCGGGCCACCACCCGGCCACCAAACAGUGUGCCCACCGCGAACAAACUCACUGCCGUCAAGGUGGGCCAGACGCAGAUCAAAGCGAUUACGCCCAGCCUGCACCCGCCCUCGCUGGCCGCCAUCUCUGGCGGACCGCCGCCGACGCCCACGCUGUCCGUUUUGUCAACUCUGAACUCCGCCUCGACCACAUCGCUGCCGAUACCGUCGUUGCCCACGGUCCACCUUCCGCCUGAGGCACUGCGGGCACGUGAGCAGAUGCAAAACUCGCUGAACCACAACAACAAUCACUUUGAAGCGAAGCUGGUGGAUAUUAAGGCGCCGUCUCUGCAUACGCCGCUCAUCAGCGCGUCGCUCACACCGAUUGGAGCCAAGACGAUGCCGCGGCCACCGCCAGUGAUCAACAAGACGCUGGGCAAAAAGAAACGCGACGCAAUGGAAAUGGACGCCAAGUUGAACAGCACGAGUGGAGCGGCAGCAGCGGCGGCCAACUCGUUUUUCCAGCAGAGCUCCAUGUCCUCGUCGAUGUACGGCGACGAUGAUAUCAACGAUGUGGCCGCCAUGGGCGGCGUCAAUCUGGCGGAGGAGUCGCAGCGGAUCCUGGGCUGCACGGAAAACAUCGGCACGCAGAUUCGUUCCUGCAAGGAUGAGGUGUUUCUCAAUCUUCCCGCCCUGCAAGCCCGGAUACGGGCUAUAACGUCGGAAGCCGGAUUGGAUGAGCCGUCGCAAGAUGUGGCCGUUCUGAUAUCGCACGCAUGCCAGGAGCGACUGAAGAACAUUGUUGAGAAGUUGGCUGUGAUAGCGGAGCACCGCAUUGAUGUUAUCAAGUUGGAUCCACGCUAUGAGCCCGCCAAGGAUGUGCGCGGUCAGAUCAAGUUCCUGGAGGAGCUGGACAAGGCCGAGCAGAAGCGACACGAGGAGCUGGAGCGGGAGAUGCUGCUGCGGGCGGCCAAGUCACGGUCGCGAGUAGAGGAUCCCGAGCAGGCCAAGAUGAAGGCGAGGGCCAAGGAGAUGCAGCGCGCCGAGAUGGAGGAGUUGCGCCAGCGAGAUGCCAAUCUGACGGCGUUACAGGCGAUUGGUCCCCGGAAAAAGCUGAAGCUCGACGGCGAAGCGAUCAGUGCGGGAGUGGGUUCCAGUGGCGGCGGAGUGCUGAGCAGUUCGGGAUCAGCGCCAACGACGUUACGGCCGCGCAUCAAGCGCGUGAACCUGCGCGACAUGCUAUUCUACAUGGAGCAGGAGCGCGAGUUCUGUCGCAGCUCCGUGCUAUUCAAGACAUACCUCAAGUGAUCGCUGCUGUUGCCCAUCAUUCGCACCGUCUUCUCCUCGCUGAUCCUCCUACUCCGUGGACUGUCGUCGUCGUUGUGUUUCCAGCUUUACGAUUUCAUCCAUUUGCAAUAUUAUUUAGCCUCAAAUUUAACUGCGUCGCGUCUACCCCUGUUGUUGUUUCUUUUUAGUAAGGCGCCCCUAUUUAAUUUUUAUAUUUACAUACUUAAAUCCUAAAUUCUAAUCGUAUUUGAUUUUAAGCCUAAUUUAAAGCUCGUUUAUUUUUUCCAAUAAAUUGUCUGUAAAACUUAAACCAAACCAAUCCAAAAACAAAAAACAAUACCAGAGUAACGUAAAGUAAACGAAGAGAAUUAAAUAAUAGAGAGAGGAAUAUAAAAGUAAAGAGAACGCGCAGUCAGCGGGCGUUUGAUUUGUAAUUUGUAACAUAAUGUUUGCAUCAACUGCAUUGACGGCCUUAUCUAAACGAUAUAAACAUAAAUAUUAAUAUUUAAUUACUUAGCUUAGUUUGUUAAACGAAAACGAAGCAUAAUUCCUAGAUAAUAAGUCAAAAGAAAGUGAGCGCGCGCGCGAGAACAAGAGAAAUCGAAACCGAAUUGCAGAUAAAAGGGUUUUAAAAACCUAAAAAUCGAAAGAAGUUCAGCAACAGCUAAAACAAAAUAAAACACAUCAAAUAAAGAAGCGAAAAAUAUCCAUUUAAAGCAUACAUUGAAUUAGUUUUAGUUGUUUAAACAAAACAAUGUAAUUUUUAAUUACCUUUAAUGUAUAAACGGAAAACCAAUCGUUAGGCAAGACCACAACAAACCCAACAAAUUGUAAAUACAUGCUAGGUUACGAUUUUUCUAAUAGAUAACUAGGUAAAAGCAAACGUAAUUAACGAAUUCUCGAUGGCUAGGAAAUUGUGGGCCGCGAGCGCAAACAUCUUAACACACACAUUAAGAAACACGGUUCCCCGAAUUCCCAAACGCCCCCAAUCCAACCCGGCCUACACACAAAAUAGACAAAUUUUAUACAAUUAGCCAGAUAAAUCUUGUAAUAUACAAUCCCAAAAAAAAAAUUAUUAUGAUAUAACAUACAAAUUGACAACAAUUGAUGUAAUUCAGUAAAAAUAAGCAAAAAGGAACAAUUCUAAACAAAUUCUUUGUGUGUACAUUCAAAUAAUAUGAUAAACAAAAAGCAGGCAAACGCAACCGUAAACACAGCGCAUAGUUUGGUAGGCAUAUAACUGAAUAUAAAUAUAUUACUAUUAUGUUUUAACAUUUAAGCAAAAAAAAAAUAAAAGAAAAAAUUCAGAAAACUUCAACUGAGCACGGGAAAUUAUUAGUGGGAAAAAUGUAGAGUUUAUUUAAGUGCGCAGUGUUUUCUUAUACUUAUUAUUAUUUUAUGACAGAUGGAGUUUGUAACGGUAUCUCAGUUAAUUAGCUAGUUAAAUCAUUAAAUUUUAUGUAGAUGAAUUAAUUAAUUUUAUUGAUAUUUUUAUAUUCAUUUAUUAUGUUAAUUAAUCUUACUGAAAUUUUGUGUAGCCCCCCCAUAGAAUGAAAAUCUAACACAAAAUAAACAGAACCAAAUUUACAUUUGGAUUCAACCAGAAA